GGGUUGAUUGUCAAGCAGGCCCUGAUAUCAAUGUCUAGAUCGAAGAAUGAGGCCGAUACAACGCUUGUUCGAGCAGUAUACGGGAUUGUCUUCUUUGGAGUUCCACACGACGGUAUGGAUAUUAGCUCGCUUAUCCCAAUGGUCGGAAACGGACCGAACCGCCCCCUCAUCGAAUCCAUCGACCGUUUUAAUUCUAUGAUCCUCACCAUCUAACAACGGGACUUCCAUCCGGCUUUGGGUGGGGAGGGAGAUUCGGAAGUUUUCUGCUUCUUUGAAACGAACAUGUCAGAAACAGCCCAACAGGAUGAAAACGGCAAUUGGGCGAUGAGAGGCCCGCAAGCAAUAUUGGUCACCAAGUCUUCUGCUACACAUUGUCGUUCAUGGGAAGAUGGCGCGGAGCAUAUUUGUGCCAUUGCCCGCGACCACUCCAACAUGGUGAAAUUCGAGCCUCAAGACCCCGAAUACUACAAGGUUUUCGGGAAGAUCAAAGGCCUUGCUCAUCGAGCUUUGACGAGGAGGCAUCAGAUUCAAACGUCGAAUUCCAAGUUCCUUGUUCCGCACAAUCCGAACCAAGAUUUUGUCCAGCGGUCAGAAAUUUUAGAUGACAUCAAGCAACAAUUUGGCCAUGGCCAACGACAAGAGGGGGUUACGCAGCCACGAUCAACGGUGCCACGAUCAAGGGUAGCUUUAUAUGGCCUCGGCGGUGUCGGCAAAACCCAAAUUGCACUGGCUUACGUUUAUUGGCUUCGCGAGAUGCACCCCGAUGUGUCUGUAUUCUGGGUACACGCAAGCAAUCACGAACGGUUUCACAAAGCCUAUACCUCAAUUGCGGAAGAAUGCAGCAUCCCAGGGUACGACGACCCUGAGGUCGAUGUUUUGUCGCUUGUUCAGACCUUUCUGGAGACAAAAUACAAAAAUCGGUGGACAAUGGUGAUUGACAAUGCGGAUGACACGCAGCUAUUCUUCCGGACAACUCAAGAAGGCAACGACGCCAGUUCAUCUGAUAGCAUGAUGAGAUCGGAAGGCAGCCUCGGACGAUACAUACCCGAAUGUUCUCACGGAUCAAUUCUCAUGACAACUAGGAACAAGCAAACAGGGUCGAGGUUCGCUCGGGGGAAGUCCACAAUCAAGGUCGGAGAGAUGACUGACACUGAAGCGCACCAGAUGGUGUGUGCGAUACUUGAAGUUGACAACAUUUCUCUUGAAGAGACAUCACUCCUAUCUUCCCGGCUGGAAAACCUACCCCUCGCGCUCGCACAAGCUGUGGCAUUCAUUGUGGAAAAUUCCAUAUCCAUCAGUGAAUAUGUUCGCCUCUUGGAUAAGAGUGACUCCAGUCUUGUGGACCGUUUGAGCGAACCUUUCGAGGCAAUUGGACGAGACUCAGACACGCCGCACGCACUCACAGCAACGUGGAUCAUCUCUUUCGAGCAGAUUGAACGACGGAAUUUAUUUGCAAGCGAAGUUCUGUCUCUGAUCAGUCUUUUUGACCGCCAGGCAAUUCCGAAAGACUUUGUUACAGAAUACUAUUACCGAAUGCUGCCGGAAGACGCAGAGGGCAACGAGGCAGUCAUCACAAGGGCCAUUGGUGCCCUCGAGGCAUUUUCUUUUAUCUCAAAGGGAAAGGACCAAAAUUUCGACAUGCACCGCCUGGUACAACUGGUUACAAGAAAAUGGCUAGCCAAUACGGAGAGGUUGGCCGAGUUCGCGAGGCACGCGCUGGAAACGAUGUCGGUUGAAUACCCAGAUGCAAGCUUCGAGACAUGGGGGUUAUGCCUUACAUACCUUCCCCACGCUCUUGCCGUGCUGGAUAAUAGUGACAAACAACUAGGCUGUGAGUGUAUUCCAAAGGUAGCUUUGUUAGGACGUCUGGGGGGAUACUUUUUUGACAUGGGACGACAUAACGAUGCUGAACAGUAUUAUGUUAAAGCAAUCCAGCUACAGGUGAGAGAACUGGGAGAGGAGAAUCCAAGCACACUUGCUAUCAUAGCCAACCUAGCAUCAACAUACAGUAAGCAAGGCCGAUGGAAAGAGGCAGAAAAGUUGGGUAUACAAGAACUAGAAGCAUCAAAGGGAGUGCUUGGAGAGGAUCAUCCAAGCACACUUAUUAGCAUGAAUAACCUCGCAUCAAUAUACUGGGAUCAAGGCCGAUGGAAAGAGGCAGAAAAGUUGGGUAUACAAGAACUAGAAGCAUCAAAGGGAGUGCUUGGAGAGGAUCAUCCAGACACACUUACCAGCAUGAACAACCUCGCAUCAACAUACAGUAAGCAAGGCCGAUGGAAAGAGGCAGAAGAGCUACAGAUACAAGUACUAGAAGCAAGAAAGAGAGUUGGAGAGGAUCAUCCAGAUACACUUAUCGGUAUGAACAACCUCGCAUGCACUUGGAAGGACCAGGAUCGAUCUGGAGAGGCGAUGGAAUUGAUGCGGGAAUGCAUUCGCCAUCGCCAGCAGCGCCUCGGCUCAAAACAUCCACAUACGAUAGGAUCUUUGGAGAUGUUAGCCAUGUGGGAGGAAGAGGAGUGGGAAGACACUGAAUGGGACGACUCGGAGGACGAAAAUGUUCAGGGAGGGGAUUUCGCAGGAGAUGGAUCUUGAGCGAUUAAAGACAAGAUUGCCGGGCAUUUGGGUGUGCAAGGUUCCAAUUGUAUUUAAGUCGUUGAUGAUAUCAAACCGAC